UUCUAAGCUACGAACAUAAUCAAGAAAUUAUGGAAGAGCCAGAGGCUUUCCAACAGCCUACUAAAAGAAAAGGGCGUUUGACCAGUGUGCUGGCUUUGACUACUCUUGUGUCUUCAUUCGGAUCUUCCUUCCAGUAUGGCUACAACGUUGCUGUUGUUAACUCUCCGGCUGUGUACAUGCAGCAGUUUUACAACCAGUCUUACUUUGAUCGAUAUGGGAGCUACAUGGACAGUAGCUUCCAAACUGUGUUGUGGUCUCUCACUGUCUCCAUGUAUCCACUCGGAGGAUUUUUUGGGUCCCUUAUGGUCGCUCCGCUAGUAAAUAAACUGGGCAGAAAGGGCACUUUGCUGUUCAACAAUAUAUUUUCCAUCGUGCCAGCAAUACUGAUGGGAUCAAGUAAAGCAUCAAAAUCUUUUGAAAUAAUCAUUUUUGCGAGAAUCGUUAUCGGUAUAUGUGCAGGUCUCUCCUCCAAUGUGGUCCCUAUGUACUUGGGUGAACUUUCCCCUAAGAACCUCCGAGGUGCCAUUGGUGUGAUGCCCCAGCUCUUCAUUACAAUCGGGAUCCUGAUUGCCCAGAUAUUUGGGAUAAGAAGCAUUCUCGCCAACCAACAAGGUUGGCCAUUGCUUUUGGGACUGACUGGAAUUCCUGCCGUUGUGGAGCUCAUUCUGUUGCCGUUUUCCCCUGAAAGUCCCAGAUACACGUUGAUCCAAAAAGGCAAUGUAGUGAGAGCAAAAGCAGAUUUAAGGCGAAUAAGAGGCUGGGAUGACGUGGAUGACGAAAUAGAAGAAAUGCGUUUGGAAGACCAGUCUGAGAAAGCAGAAGGCCACAUGUCAGUGCUGCAUCUCUUCACAUUCAGGUCACUGAGAUGGCAACUGUUAUCCAUCAUUGCUCUGAAUAUGGGGCAGCAGCUUUCUGGAGUCAAUGCAAUAUAUUACUAUGCCGACAGCAUAUAUCGAUCAGCAGGGGUGAAGGAAAAUGACAUUCAGUAUGCCACCAUCGGAACAGGAGCAGUCAAUGUGUUCAUGACGAUAGCAGCAGUUUCUAUCGUGGAAGCUAUAGGACGAAGGAUUCUUCUCCUGGUUGGAUUCGCGAUUUGCUGCGGUUCAUGCGCAGUUUUAACGAUGAGUCUAAACCUUCAGGAUAAAGUUGACUGGAUGCCUUAUCUAAGCAUAACCUGCGUAAUCGUUUAUGUUAUUGGACAUGCAAUAGGACCCAGCCCCAUUCCAUAUGUGAUAACAACGGAGAUGUUUCGUCAGUCUUCCAGGCCGGCUGCCUUCAUGGUGGCGGGAUCGGCUCACUGGUUGUCCAACUUCACCGUGGGCCUUGUUUUCCCAUUUCUAGAGAAAGGGCUCGGUGAAUAUAGUUUCAUCAUUUUUGGGGUCAUCUGCCUCGCAACCUUUGUUUACAUCUUCAUCGUCAUUCCCGAAACAAAAAACAAAACAUUCCUGGAAAUCAGCCAGAUGCUGGCAAAGAGGAACAAAUCUGAAAUCAAACUGGAAUUGGAGCGCCUGGAACUGAGUGACAAGGGGGCAGGAGAAUGUGUCACAGUGAAGAGCACAAAACUCUAA